AUGGGAGGAGAUUCUCAAGAUAAUAGCCAAGUGGCGCGGGAUGGAGCCCUUUCUCCGUUUCCCGAAUCAGCGACUAGGAAACCUAAGCAUGAAUUUCCUAAGACCCAGGUCGGAAAGUUAUGGGAUGCUUUUGGAAACCCGGAGCAGCCGGUCAACAUCAUGCCCGGAGGAACAUACAACUCCGCUGGCGGAAAGCCAAAGGAAGUGACAGUCAUGGAUGCCGUUAAAUCACUAUCUACCAAUGAGCUCACAUCCUUCUACAAAGCUCCAUGCGCGCGUGAAUCUCUUCUUGUUGGAAUCGGUACAGGAUUCGGGGUUGGAAGUAUUCGAGUGAUACUUGGAGGUCUAAGAGUAAUAUGGGCUGCGAGUAAUUGGGCCGUUGGUGCCUUCGCGCUCGCAUCGAUCCUAACGCACCAAGUCUGCCAAAGACAGAGAGCUAUAGAAAUGGAUGGAAUGAAAGAGGCCGUUAAAUUAAUGAGAGACCUAAAAAUUAAAAAACAAAAAGAGCAGGCCGAGGCUAAAAAGGCACAGGAAGAAGCUCGGUUAGCGGAAGAAGAGCGAAAACGCAAGAGUUGGACGCACCUGUCAAACUACAAAUUUUGGUAG